CGGUGGCAGGUCUGACAAGGAGGAAGACGGAAGCCAGGCCUCGGGAGCCACCCUGUCGACUCCCGCCUCGCUCUGGCGCGUGCUGGGCCUGGGGCCUCCUUCCUGCCCGGGCUCUGCGUGUUCCCGCCCAGGAACCGAGCCGACGCUCCCUGCUGUGCCCCAGGCCUUGAGCUGCUUCACGGGGCUGCAUAGUGGGGCGGGCAGUGCACUCAUUAGCCUGUAGUGGGAGCGUUUGUGACCUGCCCACCCUGGGUGGCCCACAGUGACCACGGUCAGGCCAUGGGGACCGCACUUGUGUACCAUGAGGACAUGACAGCCGCCCGGCUGCUCUGGGAGGACCCCGAAUGCGAGAUCGAGUGUCCCCAGCGCCUGACUGCAGCUCUGGAGGGCCUGCAGCAGCGUGGCCUGGAGCAGAGGUGUCUGCGGCUGGUAGCCCGGGAAGCCUCAGAGGCAGAGCUGGGCCUGGUGCACAGCCCAGAGUAUGUGGCCCUGUUGCGGGGGACCCAGGCCUUGGGCACCCAGGAGCUCCAGGCCCUGUCUGGACAGUACGAUGCCGUCUACUUCCAUCCGAGGACCUUCCACUGUGCCCGCCUGGCAGUGGGUGCUGCGCUGCAGCUGGUGGACGCAGUGAUGACGGGAGCUGUGCGCAAUGGGCUUGCUCUGGUGAGGCCUCCUGGGCACCACAGCCAGCGGGCUGCCGCCAAUGGAUUCUGUGUGUUCAACAGUGUGGCCAUAGCGGCCAGACAUGCCAAGCAGAAACACGGACUGCACAGGGUCCUCAUCGUUGACUGGGAUGUUCACCAUGGCCAGGGCACCCAGUAUAUCUUUGAGGAUGACCCCAGCGUCCUUUACUUCUCCUGGCACCGCUAUGAGCACAGGCGCUUCUGGCCUUAUCUGCGAGAGUCAGAUGCAGAUGCUGUCGGGCAGGGGCAGGGCCUUGGCUUUACUGUCAACCUCCCCUGGAACCAGGUCGGGAUGGGAAAUGCUGACUACAUGGCUGCCUUCCUGCACGUGCUGCUGCCCCUGGCCUUUGAGUUCGACCCUGAGCUGGUCCUAGUCUCCGCAGGAUUUGACUCAGCAAUCGGAGAUCCUGAGGGGCAGAUGCAGGCCACGCCAGAGUGCUUUGCCCACCUCACUCAGCUGCUGCAGGUGCUGGCUGACGGCAGGGUCUGUGCUGUGCUGGAGGGUGGCUACCACCUGGAGUCACUCUCCCAGUCUGUGUGCAUGAUGGUGCAAGCGCUGCUGGGCGACCCUGCCCCACCCCUGUCAGGGCCCAUGGUGCCACACGGCAGUGCCCUGGAGUCUAUCCAGAGUGUCCGGGCAGCCCAGGCCCCUUACUGGAUGAGCCUCCAGCAGCAAGGUGCAGCCCCUGUACUGAGUCCCAGCACCUGCUCCCCCGAGGGGAAGCCCUCGCCUCUGCUGCCCUGGGGGCCCGAAUUCAAGGCAGCAGCUACCCAGACCAUGGCUGCCCUGAGCUCCCUCCUGGACAAGCUGUGCCUCAACCCCACGCCCCCUGUCCGCACGGCUGUUGCCUUGACUGCACCAGACGCUGCGCUGGUCCUGCCCCCAGGUGUCCUCUGUCAGGAGAGGUCAGCCCUGCCGGAGGAGAUGCAGGCCUGGGCCAGGCCACACAAGGCCCUGGCCCAGGACAAGGCCCUCACUGCACUGGGGAAGGUCCUGUAUCUCUUGGACAGGCUCCUGGAUGGACAGGUGAGCAGUGGGAUUGCAGCCACCCCAGCCCCUGCCACAGCGGCCACCCUGGACGUGGCCAUUCGGUGUGGCCUGUCCCAUGGAGCCCAGAGGCUGCUUUGUGUGGCUGUGGGACAGCUGGAUCGGCCCCCAGAUCUCACUGAUGAUGGGAGGAAUCUGUGGCUGAACAUCGGGGGCAAGGAGGCAGCUGCCCCGUCCACAUUCCACGUGUGUGUGCCCCUGCCAGGGACGACUGGUGGUUUCCUGAACUGUGUCCUGGCCUUGGUGCUGCCCCUGGCCUACAGCUUCCAGCCUGACUUGGUGCUGGUGGCACUGGGGCCCGCCCAUGGCUUGCGGGAUCCCCAAGCUGCACUCCUGACUGCACUGCUGCGGGGCCCAGCAGGGGGCCGAGUCUUGGCCCUCAUAGAUGAGGAAUCCACACCCCAGCUUGUGGGGGUCCUGGCCCGGGUGCUGCAUGGAGAGGCACCCCCUAGCCUGGGCCCCUUCUCCAUGGCCUCCCCAGAGGACAUGCAGGCCCUGAUGCGCCUGAGAGGGCCACUGGAGCCACAGUGGAAGAUGCUGCAGGUGGCCGCGUCUCCUUGAGUGCUGUGACCUGGUAGCUUGAAAUCCGCCAGGAUAGGCGUACUGCCAUGCUGGAAAAGUCACUACAAACCGGUCCCCAAGAGCCGGUUGUUAACUGUUCACCAGCACACCUCUGCCUGAGGCUUCUGUCCCGAGGGCCAGGCUACCCGGCUGCCAAGGACACCGACUCAGGGGCUCCAUGCCCCCUGCAACGGCCUGGAAUCCCUCUCCGGCACCCGCCUCUCCCGAACAGCCCCUGCCUCGCUCCCUCCAAGCCCAAUAAGUAAACGUCAGCUCAGCGAAAA